AAAUGGGGCGGCAGGAAGGCAGAAACACUGGAGAAGAUAAAGUUGCUUGCAGCUGGAUUUGAAGUCUAACAGAGCGACUGUGCCGCUGUUCCUGAGCUCACAGCCGGUUUGUGGAAUAAACCACGGCAGGCUCGGAGGAAAAUAAGGAUUUAAUCGGAAAAGAGAGUCUUUGAAAGAGGGAUAUAGCUGCUCGGAUCAUGAGAGUGGAUGCCGUCUUUCCUGGGAUCGGAUUUCACAAAAUGAGAAACCACUGCAGUUCUGCAGAGCUCAAGCAACAGAGCGAGAAUGCCGUCUGCUAGCACCAUGACCGGCGGGAGAGUUCUGCUGCUCUGUACGAACACAGAGGACUACGUCUACCAAUCUGCAAACGAGCUCCACUGCUGCGGGUUGAAGCUUGACCAGGCCCAAUCCGUGGUGCUUCAAAGGCCAAACUUGUGUGGGGUUGAGGACCGUCUCACAUCUCUGAGAAACCUCAACCAAAACCAAGGAGACACCAUCAUGCUUGCCCGCAAGGUGCCCUCCAGUCCUCGGCCUGUCGAGAACGGCCUGAAAAACUGUACCAAGUCUCGCGCUGCCAGCAUUCGGGACAAGAUUUCCCAAUGGGAAGGUAAAACGGAGACCGUUGGGGCGAACCCACAAACGUCAGCACUCAAAGACGCUGAAGUUGUAAAGAAGAAGCCAGAGGUGCAAUGUAAAGACAAUACGAGAGUUUUUACCUGGGAGAGGCAGAACUCCGGAAAAGAGAACGGGAACAGGUUCGGGGAAUCUCAGAAUACUUCUGAUGGACAUUCAAAGGAAAAGCAGUUGAUUUUAGAUAAACCCCCACUGGGGAAAGUGACUGAAACCGUACAGGACAAGAAAUCCGUAUUGACACACAUCAAAAAACUUGAGCAAGCGAUGAAGGAGACGCCUUCCAAGUCAUCCUUGGCUAUGCCGGGUAAUUAUUUUUGCCCAGCUUCCAAAGAGGAGCAGGAGGAGGCGGAGAGGAGGUCGGUGGAACCGAUCUUUGGGACUCUGGAUGCGGUAAGAUCCGGUAGCCGUCGAGGUCACGACCCUGACAACGUCUACAGUGAACCUGGAGCUCCUUCGAUUAACCCUCUUCCCAAACCUCAAAGGACCUUCCAACAUCACACACAGACACUCAGCAACACAGCCAAGCUAAGUAGCAUCAAGGGUCGGAGGAAUCUUCCCCCUUUACCCUCCAUUCCACCUCCACCUCUUCCAUCCUGUCCUCCACCGUCAGGAGUCUGUCGAAGGCUGUCGGGACGAAAUCGAGAUUGUAACAACAGGAAGUCGUAUGAGUUUGAAGAUCUUCUACAGUUGACAGCAGAAGGUUGUCGAGUGGAUGCGUAUGAGCUGUCAAAGCUAGGCCUUACUCGCACUUUAUCAGAGGAGAACGUUUAUGAGGAUAUUUUAGACCCUCCAUCAAAGGAGAACCCGUAUGAAGACAUAGAGUUGGAAAGUCGCUGUCUUGGGAAUAAAUAUUCUGGUCCUUCCGCACCUUCUUCUCCCAUUCCUGACACCCCAUCUAAGCUCGCGUCUAAGCCCGGCUUCUUCAGACAGAGUUCUGAGCGACGGAGCUUUAAAUUGCUUGAACUACGCAAGACCGGCAGAGAUGGCGGUGUGUCGUCUCCGUCGCGUGUUAGCCCUCCGUCAACGCCCAGCAGCCCUGAUGACACCCCGUGCUUGUCAGGAGAUCCCUACAACCGCAGACGCAGAAAGAUUCCUAAGAUGGUGCAGAAGAUCAACGGCGUCUUUGAAGCCCGUCGAGGAAAGAAGAGAAUGAAACGCGUCUCGCAGUCCACCGAGUCCAGUUCAGGACGAGUGACGGAUGAAAACAGUGAAUCUGAGAGUGACACCGAGGAGAAACUGAAGGCUCACAGUCAGAGAUUAGUGUCGGUCCAGUCUAUGUUAAGGCAAACCGGUCGAUAUCGGACAUUGGAGAGAGAUCUGAUGGAGCUUCAGGAGAGAAAGUUGUUUGAGUACUUUUUGGUCGUGGCUCUUCACAAGACCAAAGCAGGUGUGCCGUAUCUACCUGAAGUUACGCAGCAGUUUCCUCUCAAGUUGGAGCGGAGUUUUAAGUUCAUACGUGAGGCUGAAGACCAGCUGAAGGUUAUUCCUCAGUUCUGUUUCCCUGAUGCUAAAGACUGGGCACCCGUGGAUAGUUUUCCCAGUGAGACCUUCUCGUUUGUCUUAACCGGAGAAGAUGGAAGUCGUAGGUUUGGCUACUGUCGACGUUUACUGCCAAGUGGUAAAGGGAGGCGUCUACCUGAAGUCUACUGUAUUGUGAGCAGACUGGGCUGUUUUGAUCUCUUCUCUAAGAUCCUGGAUGAGGUGGAGAAGCGGCGAGCCAUCUCCCCAGCGCUGGUCCAACCAUUCAUGAGAGGAAUCAUGGAGGCUCCAUUCCCAGCGCCGGGCAGAACCAUCAGCAUCAAGAACUUCCUGCCGGGAUCAGGAACGGAGGUGAUCGAAUUAUGUCGUCCCUCGGAUUCCCGUUUGGAGCAUGUGGAUUUUGAGUGUUUAUUUUCCUCUCUCAGUCUGCGUUUACUUCUCCGGGUGUUUGCUUCCCUUCUGCUGGAGCGGCGGGUGAUCUUCACCGCUGACAAACUCAGCACACUUUCUAAGUGUUGUCAUGCGAUGGUGGCUUUGCUGUACCCGUUCACCUGGCAGCAUACCUAUAUUCCAGUUCUUCCUCCCUCCAUGAUGGACAUCGUCUGUACACCGACCCCCUUCAUCGUCGGCCUGCUGUCAAACUCUCUGACCCGUCUUAAAGAGCUUCCUUUAGAAGAGGUCCUGGUGGUUGACCUUGGCAACAGUCGUUUCCUGAGACAGAUGGAUGAUGAAGACUCUAUUCUGCCUCGUAAACUUCAGGCCGCUCUAGAACAGAUUCUAGAACGAAGGAAGGAACUCGCCUGUGACGUAGCAAAUGUUCCAAAUGAACCGUGUUCAUUGAGCACCGUGGUGUCGGAGGCAUUCGUGCGGUUCUUCGUGGAGAUCGUCGGCCAUUAUCCGCUCUUUAUGGGCGGCAGCGACCGUGAUGAAGAAUCUUCCGCCUCGUCUUCCUCGUCCCCGACUCCUUUGGCGUUCCAGCGUGAGGCUUUUCGUAAAGCUGUGUCCUCUAAGAGUCUGAGGAGAUUCCUGGAGGUGUUUAUGGAAACGCAGAUGUUUGCAGGCUUUGUGCAGGAGAGGGAAUUUCGCAGACAGGGCCUGAAAGGUUUAUUUGAGAUCCGAGCACAGGACUAUCUGGAUUCUCUUCCAGGCAGUGAGCACAGGGGCGUCAACAAGUUCCUCAAAGGUUUAGGACACAAGAUGAAAUUCUUGUCCAAAAAGUGAAAAGCGCAGACCAGCUGUGUAGUGUGUGAAUGUUCGCUCUCACCGUUAUGAAUGACCCAAAACAGCCUUACGGGACAGACUUACUUCAGAGACAUGAGAGUACAUGAGGACCAAGUAGAAAAACACGGACCAAACAAAACAGAAACAAGUGUCCAGAAAAAACAUUUGUUCAUAUAAAACCCUACAGAGGAGACCGACGGUUGUGUCUUCACUUUGUGUGUAUAGUAAUUUCUCUUGUUUUCAGACAUUGUAUGAGAUAAGUACAACUUCUUCUGCAGCAGGAGGCUAUAAAUUAAUUUAUAUACUGUCUAGAAAUAAUAAAACCUUCUGUAAAACUAUAUGUUUCUUUUAAAAUUAAAUCAAUGCAAAAUCAAAAUGUUGUUAGUUUGUUAUAUAGACUAUUUAUCGUAGCAUGUGACAGAUUUGAGGUUGAUGACCACUUUGGGUUUCCGUGAAACACGCCACUGUGAUUUACUGAUGGAUGAAUGAAUGAAGUUUUGUUUUGGAUUAGAAAAAGAGGAAAAUCUAGAAUCGCUGAACUGCAGGAUCGGAUCAUAAUGGACAAUGUUACAGUGUUAAAGCGCAUCUAUUAUGUCAAUUUUUACAAGCUGUAAUAUAAGUCUCAAGUGUGCCCAGAAUGUGUCUGUGAAGUUUCAGCUCAAAAUACCCCUGAGAUCAUUUAUUAUAUCAUGUCCAAAAUAACCCUAUUUGGGUAAUAGCAAAAAAGUGUGUGUACCUUUAAAUGCAAAUGAGCUACAGCUCCUCAAUCCCUUACAAACAGACAGUGAGCGCUUUCGGUUAAAAUUGAUUGGAUUAAUACAGUCUGAGACAAUAGUAUAUAUCUUUAUUGAGAUAUGAAGGACAGCAUACAAUUCGCUAAGGGUGGAAUUUAUUGUAAUGCUGGACUGUCAGUCAGGGGCCGUGGGUGGGGCUUUAUCAGUGUGACCUCACAUUGAUUAGAGAAACAAAAUGGCAUGUCUAAUGAGGCUGCUUUGAUGGGGAUUUAAAAGGAAAAGAAAGAGCGUAUGAAUUUUUGAAAAUUUUGGUCUUGUAUUCAGUAAAAAUAUAUAAAAAUUCUUAAAUUAAGAUGCUUUUCUAGAUAAG